CGCUACGUAGAUCGUCAGUGAGGCAGGACCAUGUGUGACACGGUGCGUGACACGAUGCGCGCCGACGAUGGAACCAUGGAGCGAGAUCUGUCCGACGGAAAGACCAUUCGCUUUCGCGGUACUGGCAAAUCGGAAAUUCAUGUGUCACCUCACGGUAAACGGGUGGAAAAUGUGGAUCUGCCGCGUUACAGAUCACAAUUCUCAGACGGGCAAGCUACAGCGCAAAAACAACGAAUAUCAUUGAUGCAAUUCCUAAGGACAGAAUUAACAAGGGGCUAUCAGUUGGAGCACGACGAGGAGAGAUUCUCCGCUAGAAGAGAAAAGGUCUACUCGUUUAUAAAAAUUCCCAAGGAGGUAGAAAAGUUCAUGUCCUACGGUUUCCUUCAGUGUGCAGAUUCCUUCCUGUUUGUGUAUACGUUCUUACCAUUGAGAUUCGCGAUGGCUCUAUGGGCAGUGAUCACUCGGCCUUUGCGACAUUGCUUGAGGAGCGGGAAAGUCCGUACGAAAAAUGCAGAAAAGUAUUUGAGUCCGGCUGAAGUGUGCGAUUUAUUGAAGGGAGUCGUAGUGGUAGGUUGUUGGGCAGCCACCUGGAAAGUGGACACCUCCAUGAUGUAUCAUUUAGUUAAAAGCCAAUCGGUGAUAAAAUUGUACAUAUUCUAUAACAUGUUAGAAGUAGGAGAUCGUCUUUUCAGUGCUUUCGGUCAAGACACUAUAGACGCUCUGCUGUGGACUGCCACUGAGCCACGCACGCGCUCACGUUCUACCCGCGCGAAACAUCUGGGUACAUUGCCGCAUCUCUUCUUCGCCCUGGCUUAUGUGCUAUUGCACAGUAUACUGGUGCUGUUCCAAGCCACAACUUUGAACGUGGCGAUCAACAGCAGUAACAAAGCCCUUCUCACGAUUAUGAUGUCCAACAACUUUGUCGAACUGAAAGGUUCCGUCUUUAAGAAAUUCGACAAGAACAACUUGUUCCAAUUAUCCUGCGCCGACGUCCGGGAGAGAUUUCAUCUGACCAUGCUACUCCUCGCGGUGACUCUGCAAACGAUGAAGGAAUACGCCUGGCACAGCGACCGCCUUGCCGUUCUGCUGCCUGAUUGCAUAAUGCUGUUAUUUGCGGAAGUGCUCGUUGACUGGGUGAAGCACGCGUUCAUCACGCGCUUCAACGAGCUGCCGUCCACCGUCUACAGGGAUUAUACCGUGAGCCUGGCUUACGAUAUGGCGCAGACGCGUCGGGAAACCGCGUUCUCCGAUCCCUCGGACCUGGUCGCACGCCGAAUGGGCUUCAUACCUCUUCCCUUGGGAGUCGCCAUGGCUCGCGUUCUGUGUACAACCCUGACGCCGUCCGCGAGACCCGCCAAUCUCAUACUUUUCCUUCUAGCUUAUCUCAUCCUGGUGGCUCUCCGCAUAUUAAACAGUCUGAUUAUCCUUGGCAAAGCGUGCGACAUAAUAUCGUCCCACGCGCAAGGCGACAGAAACGACGUGGGCGUCAAGUCUUCGACGCAGGAUCGCGCCAACAGCGGCGUCAACAUGAAGGAUCCGAACCUCGGCACGGCCAUCUUCUCGAACAGCGCCGUCAGCUUGAAUAACGUGUGCUUGAACGACGCGUUUCUCGAGUCGGAGGAGCCGCAGAAAUCCGAGAAGCUCCAGUGUAACGUGGACGAACUGACGAGUGUUACGAAAACCGUACUAGGACUAAGGACAGGAAGCGAACCCCUUCUCUCGCAGUGACAAAUCUCGCUAGUACAAUUUAAACGUGAUGAUUUCUUGGUUUAAUGGAUUGUACAUAUUUUCCGUUGUAUAUAUACACACAGGUACUACGUGGACGCUUCUUCACAAUUACAUCUAUAUUUGUAUUGUACGGUAAGCGUGCGUACGCGCGCGAUAUGCGUCUGUGUAAGAGUAAUAAAUUUGCUUACUAUUUAUUGGUAUAAAAAA